AGAGAGAGAGAGAGAGAGAGCAGUCACAUGCGGAGAGGAGCUGGGACGAGAGACAGCACAGAAGAGAGUUGUCAAACUGCGAGGAGGCAGCGUUGCCUGAAUCUGUAGGCUUGGACUCGCACUUGGACUCGGUGUGCGUGUUGUGUGUGUGAGGAGGAGGAUGUGUUCGCUUGUGACAGCGGUCCUGCUAGCCCACCUCGGGGCUACCUUAACGGGGGCAUGGAGAGCAUCUCAGCCAAGACUGCAGUUCACACACUCCGAGCUGAUCCAGAAUGGCCGCCUGCUGACGCUGCCCCUGGUGGCUGGAGACCUGCACUCCCUGCAGCCUGACGAAGACAGGAGGCGUCUGUAUGUGGCCAUGAAAGAUAACCUGCUGUCUACCAGUCUGGACGACAUAACUCAGAACCCACGCAAGCUGUACUGGCCAGCUAGUCCAGACCGUGUCCAAGAAUGUCUCAUGGCUGGGAAGGAUCCAGAGUUGGAGUGUGCUAACUUCCUGCGAGUUCUGCAGCCUUUUAAUCAGACUCACCUGUAUGUUUGUGGCACUGGAGCCUUCAACCCCCGAUGUGCUUUCAUAGCUACCAGCGUCUUCCAACAGUCGGAGCACCAGACUCUCUCCUACAGCCAGACAGAGUGUGGGAAAGGGAAAUGUCCCUACGAUCCGUUCCAGAAAACAGCCUCCGCUGUCGUUGACGGAGAGCUGUAUGCUGGGAUCACCUCAGACUUCAUGAGCCGGGACUCAGCCUUCUUCCGUAGUCUCGGCAGCCGUCAUGUUAUCCGCACUGAGCAGUACGACUCCACCUGGCUGCAGGAUGCCCAGUUUGUGCGGGUAGCGCCACUGUCUGAAACUGAUAACUCAGAGGACGAUAAGGUCUACGUGUUCUUCACUGAGCGCGCUCAGGAGGCAGAAGGGGCUGCUGGGAAAGUGCUCUACUCCAGAGUGGCACGCGUGUGCAAGAAUGACAUUGGAGGCCAGAGGAGUUUAGUCAAUAAGUGGAGUACCUUCCAGAAGGCUCGUAUGGUGUGUUCAGUCCCAGGACCAGACGGCCUACAGACACACUUCGACCAGCUGCAAGACAUCUUUAUCCUCCAGGCGAAAGACAAAAAGAACCCUCUCAUCUACGGCCUGUUUACCACCUCUAGCGAUAUCCUGAAUGGUUCAGCAGUGUGCGUUUACCGAAUGGAGGAUGUGGUUCGGGCUUUCAAGGGAAACUUCCUUCAUAAGGAGGGGCCUCAGUAUAAGUGGGCAGAGUUUACAGGCAAGGUGCCCUACCCGCGACCAGGAACUUGUCCCAGCAGCACAUAUGGAAGUUACAGCUCGACCAGAGAGUAUCCUGACGACGUCAUCUUUUUCAGCAGGACUCACCCGCUGCUGCAGGAAAACGUGCUGCCGCUGGGAGAGCGCCCCCUCCUGGUCAGAGUGGGUGUUCACUACAAGUUCAGCAAACUGCUGGUGGACAGAGUGGAGGCCGUGGACGGCACCUACGACGUCCUGUUUAUCGGCACAGACUCAGGCCUGGUGCUGAAGGCCAUCCAUCUGCCCAGAGAACACGGUCAGAGUCAGGAGGUCACUCUGGAGCAGCUGCAGGUCUUUCAGCACAAAUCACCUGUGACAGCCAUGACACUCUCAAAGAAAAAGCAGUGGUUGUUUGUGGGCUCCAGGGAGGGUGUGUCCCAGCUGGCCCUGUACCAGUGUGAGCUGUACGGCCAGGCCUGUGCUGAGUGCUGCCUGGCCAGGGACCCAUACUGCACCUGGGACGGACACGCCUGCAGCCCCUUCAUGCCCACCGUACGCAGAAGGAAUGCUCGUCACUUAGGGGAGGAUGAGGAUCCGCUAACUCAGUGUGUCAGACAGGGAGCCGGGCUGCAGGUGGAGGCGGAGCAGAGGAUGAUGAUGGUUGCCGAGGGCAACAGCACCUACCUGGAGUGUCUGCCACGAUCCAGACACGCUGCUGUUACCUGGUACAAACAGGCUGGAGAGAACAGUCCGGAACUAAACCAGUUGGUAACAGGUGACCAGCUGGUAGUGAUUGAGCGGGGCAUCCUGAUUCGUCAAGCUGAGCUGUCUCACGGCGGCGUCUACCACUGCCAGGUGGAAGAGCACGGCUACCACUGGACCGCCGUCACUGUCCGCCUCGCCGUCUGGAGCCCCUCGGCCAAUCGCCUCCUCGCUUCCAGGUCCGCCUCGUCUUAUCAGAGCGCGGGGACCCAGCCCUGGUACGAGGACGUGAUGGCGCUGAUUCACCCUGGAAACCUCGGCGAGCAUUGCCGGGCGCUAGGAUACCGCCCCCCACGCAACCACCGUCGCCACAGUGACAUCAUGGUGAAGCCGAACAAGGAGAAAGAGAAGGGGGAGAGGCACAAGCACGGGGGAGGAAGAGGAGGAGGAGGAGGAGGUGGAGGUGGUGGGGGAGGAAGAGCAGCGGGGAGGAAGAGCAGGAGCAAGCCUCAGCAAAGGGCACCAAGGAGCGCUUGA